CACGACCUGUCGGAUCUGCGGUUGUGAGGUGCACAGCAUCGGGGCGGACGGACGCGAGCGUCGCUUCUGGAUGACAAGCUGUGGCCACAUCUACUGCGACGACCAGACGCACAACCACCGCAGCGGCGUUUGUACCUUCUGCAACCGCCCCAAUAUCACUGUGUAUGAGCUUGGGGACACCAUGCCGUCUCCGUUACAUUCGUGGUUCCAGCCCACGCAAGAUGUCAUGCGCCAAGCAGAGGGCAACGUCAAUGUCAUGAAGUUCCAAUACGAACAGCUUAUGCGGCUGGCCCGUAGUCAGCGGCAGAAGAUGCUGGAGGACAAGGGCCUGUUGGAGCAGGUGUCGUUGGCGAUGCGAUCAGUCAAAGAAGACAACGCCAAGAACAAGCAAGCCGCCGAAGAGCUUUCGCGACAAUGUCGCGAGAUGCGAGCACAACGUGAUACAGCCAUCGCGCAACGGGACACAGUCAUGAAGCAGAACGAGACUCUUUGCGCAGAGCUUGCUGCUAUCAAAGCCAGUGUCAACCGGCGCACUUUACAGCCACAGCUAAGCUAUGACGAUCCGCUGAUGAACGCUCCAAUGGUGGAAUCGCCUUUCAAGCGUAACGUCUUUGAUGUCGCUACAGCCGAUAACAGGUCGCGUAAGCGUCCCUACGGUAUGGGACCCGGAGACGAAAUGGACCCAUUUCAUCAGUCUAAAGCUGCUCGUGAGCUCAGACAUCGCCCAGGCACCACCGGACCGCCUCUUUACCGCGACGAAAGCGAAAGCAUGCACUCCGGACCGGCAUACGUCGCGCAGGCCCCGCUGCGCGUCCGCAGUGCUGCCCCGUACGAUGGCGCUGCUGUUCGUAAUAACCUCGAUCAAUUCCGUUACCGCAGAGAGCCUACUAGCGGACCCAUGCCCUUGGCUCAACAUCAUCGCCCCUCCUUUACACUCGCAGAUCCAACGCGCCGUCAGCGGCGCCCUCACAGUGCCCAGCAACGAUACACGUCGCAAACACUGAACACGUUCCCUGGGCCGACUCACGUCGACCUCAUGGAUACGAUCCCGGAGAUGGGCGAGGAGAUCAAUGUGUUCCAGACCUGAUUUGAUGUUGCGGCUGCAGCCUUUGUUAUGCCAUUUCUCCCUCAUCUUACCUCAAAGUCCUUUACUCUCGCGGGUCUGUCUUGCUCGUCAAGUACGAGCCUCAAACCUCCCA